UAAAAUCAACCUUUUAAAAUAUAGUCAAGAUGGGUUGUUCACUCAUGUUAAAGUUAAUCCCAACACAAGGCUCAUGUGAGCAAAAGUAAGGUGGAACACCAUGUCUAUAUCUUCCAUGAAGAGUGUGACUAGGAUCUUUAUGCUCUUUCAAAUGUCUCCAAAUGAAUAAACUGAACUGAAAGUUGAAAUGUGUAGAUUUUGUGUGUGUUGUAGUGAUGACAAGAUGGAUUUAGGUUUUGUUUUAGGGUCUGUGAGGGGGUAAGAAUCUUGGAGAAGGAAGGGUGUCCAUUACAUGAGGCAGUUGCAUACCACACCAUACUAUAGUGAAUCUCUUGGCAGGCAGGGCUAUUUCUAUGAGGGAUGAAUUGACUUGUGGAAACCAGUUGAGAGGUACUGGGAGAGUGUAGGCAUAUUCCAUUCAUGCAAGCAGGUGGCCUAUAUCAUGAAGCCCAUUGGGAGAGCAUUGAAGGUCAAAAAAGAAAGAAUGAAGGUGAUAAGGUCCAGAUAUGUCCACCCUCCAUUCAUGCUGUGGUGAUGUAAUGCUCUUUCCCAGGCCACAUCUCUUUCGCCAUGUGGGAUGGGACACAAUUGUGGUCAGCAACUUGCUCAAGACCAGGGAUGGGCACAGAAGAGGACAGGGGCAGGAGGAAGAAAGAGGGAAAGCAGCUGCAGGGGCAUAGAAAGAAAGGGGAUGAAUUGUUCAUGUGAGGAACAAUCCCUCAAUUUGCAUGACCAGAGUGAGUGAGUGCACCAGGUCUAACUUAUAAUGCAUGACAUGAGCUGCUGCUGCAAAGUUAUCCAAAGUUAUCCCCUGAAGCAGCUACUGCACCCAGAUUCUCCUCCUCUUCACUUUCCUUCCCUUGCUAUCCAUCUAUCUAUAAAUACAUCCAUCCAUCAUUCUAUCUAUCUGCCUGUCUUCAGAGGGCUGUGGAGAUUGUCCAGAGAGAGAGAGAGGAGUGGAGUGGAAGUGGUGGGACCAUGUUCUUCAGCAGUGCAGUGGGUUCUGAAACCUUCAAGGAGCUUCUGGAUGGUGACACCUACAAGUUCUACAGCAAUGGAGAGUGGCAGGUCUCCACUUCAGGAAAAUCCAUUGGGGUCCUCAAUCCCACCACUUUGAAGCUCCAAUUCAAAGUGCAAGCAUGCACACCAGAGGAGGUCAACAGUUGUGUGGAAAAAGCAAAAGUUGCACAGAAGGGAUGGGCAAAGACUCCUUUGUGGAAAAGAGCUGAGGCUUUGCAUCGAUUUGCAUCCAUUUUGAAAGAGCAGAAGGCCCCCAUUGCUGAGUGCCUUGUUGCUGAGGUGGCCAAGUGUUUAAAAGAUGCCAUCACUGAGGUGGUGAGGUCAGGGGACUUGUUGGCAUAUGCAGCAGAAGAAGGUGUCCGCAUUCUUGGCAAAGGGGAUUUCCUUGUCUCUGACUCCUUCCCUGGCAAUGGCCGCAACAAAUACUGCCUUGCCUCCAAGAUUCCACUGGGUGUGGUGUUGGCCAUUCCACCAUUCAAUUAUCCCGUGAACCUGGCUGUCUCCAAACUUGGGCCAGCCUUGGUAGCAGCCAAUGCUGUCAUUCUUAAGCCUCCCACUCAGGGGGGAGUGUCAUGCCUGCAUAUGAUCCAAUGCCUGCACAUGGCUGGCUUCCCAAAGGGAUUGGUCUCAGCCAUCACGGGGAAGGGCUCCAUAAUUGAGGACCUCCUCACCACUCACCCCAGCAUCAGCUGCAUCAGUUUCACAGGAGGAGAGACAGGCAUGGCCAUCUGUAGGAAAGCAGGAAUGAUCCCUCUUCAGAUGGAGCUUGGAGGGAAGGACACUUGUCUGGUUCUAGAGGAUGCUGACUUGGAGCUGGCUGCCAACAACAUCAUCAAAGGUGGCUACUCCUACAGUGGCCAAAGGUGCACAGCAGUGAAGGUCAUUUGUGUGAUGGAGUCUGUGGCAGAUGAUCUGGUGAAGAGGGUGGUGGAAAAGAUGAAGAAGCUCACAGUGGGUCCUCCUGACAAAGACUGUGACAUCACCCCGGUUAUCAGUGAGUCUUCUGCUAACUUCAUUCAGGGCCUUGUGGAUGAUGCCAGGCAGCAAGGAGCCAAAUUCCAUCAGGAAUGGAGGCGUGAGGGGAACUUGAUAUGGCCAAUGCUGGUAGACAAUGUGAAGCCGGACAUGAGGAUAGCCUGGGAGGAGCCAUUUGGACCUGUGAUCCCUGUUCUCCGCAUCAAGUCUCCUGAAGAGGGCAUCCACCACUGCAAUGCUAACUCCUUUGCCCUCCAAGGGUGUGUGUUCACAAGGGAUAUUGACAAGGCCAUCUUGAUGAGCAAUGCCAUGGAGUGAGGAACUGUCCAGAUCAAUGCUGCCCCUGGCAGGGGCCCUGACCACUUCCCCUUUCAAGGGUUGAAGGAUAGUGGUAUUGGGUCUCAAGGCAUCACCAACAGUAUCAACAUGAUGACCAAAACCAAAAGCACUGUCAUCAACCUCCCUGUUGAAUCCUACACCAUAGGAUGAUUUGAAGGGUAGUUGAGAAAAAUAAAUAAAUGAAAAAAACCAAAAUAAAUACCAAAACAAAAACAAAACCAUGUGGCAUGACUUGGCAUUACUCAUAGCACCAGUUGGAGCAGCAUUUGUUUGCCAAUAAUUGGCAUUUCCACUGUGUUUCUGUCUAUAGGGAAUAACCAGAGAGUUCAUGCCCUUUCACAUUUUUAUUUGAUUUUAAUUCUGAUUAACUUUGUUGGCCAAGCUCUUGGGGACAAGAGUCAAAGUCUGUGUGUUCAUACCUAGUUUAAACCAAUAGUGAUUUAUUGUUUUUCUUUUUUACCACAUGAAAUGAACGAUAUAGACCAUCUGUACUUUGUAGUAUCAAUUUAAAAGGAUGGGUAUUAAGUUUCACCCAGUAUGAUUAUACACCAA